CGUCAGGGGAAAAUAAAAAUACUAACGAAAGGGAAGGGCGGACAAGAAAAAACUCGGCGCUUCGCCUUUCGGUCCUUGAAUCCCUGGUCUCGUAUCCUCUCCACCUCUCUUUCUGGUGUUAUUGAGAGGGAGGGAGAUCAAGGGUUUCCAGGGUUUGAUCUUUGAUUUCUUGAUCCGAAGGCGAGGUCGGUCUUGGAGAUGGCGGUGAUCCCUAGAGUUCCUUUUGGUUUGAUGGCCGUCGCGGCCCUUAUCUUCGGCAUCGUCUUGCCGGCCGUCCAGUCCCAGGCUCCGGCACCGGCGCCGACCAGCGACGGGACAUCGAUUGACCAAGGAAUUGCCUACGUGCUGAUGCUAGUGGCCUUAGUCCUCACCUAUCUCAUCCACCCCUUGGAUGCUUCAUCCCCCUACAAGCUCUUCUAAGCCCAUUCAUGGACUGAAUUGAUGGAUUUGUUAGGGAAGGGAGCGGGCAUGGUUGGACUGGUUGUUCAUUUUGUUUGAAUCUGUUGUGGUUUGGGAUUUGAACCUCUGGUUGUUUUGUUUUUACUGGCCGUGGUUUUGAUGAGAUUCUUUUUUUAUGCAUGUCUCCAUCCAGAUUCCUUCAUUCUCCCCUAUAUCAACCAACAGACCCCAUAAAUGCAGCAGAAAUCAUGCGUUUUCGCAUCUUUAGUUGCUGAUGCCUCAUGGUUUGGUAUCAUUCGGACAAGGUUGCUGCUUGUGGGUUGAAACUUGCGUGCCGCAUCUUUAAUUGCUGGAUGUCUAUACAAUUACUGCUUGUAGGUUGCUGCCUGUAUGUGUAUUGACAUGGAGAAGACAUGAAAUGUGCUGUGUUUUAAAAUUCUAGAAGAGCUGUCAUUCAAUGCUUGUGUUUGAUAUUUGAUCGUCUUGAAAUCCAGUGAUUUUUAUUCA